GCUUAACUCUCCAUCUCUUAAGAAGAAGUAACUCAUCAACUCUUCUUGCUACCUACCUAUCUCAAACCUCAAUACAAUUAGUUGAGAGAGAGUUCAUCAUCAAAUACAAAUUUUUUAUAAAAUGAAGAGUGGUGGGAGCUUCUUCAACAGCUGCAAACCCUAUAUUGCAAUGAUAUGUCUGCAAUUUGGAUAUGCAGGCAUGAACAUCAUAACCAAGAUCUCACUCAAUGGAGGUAUGAGCCACUACGUUCUUGUCGUUUAUCGACACGCCAUCGCCACCGCUGUCAUCGCUCCCUUUGCUUUCUUCUUCGAAAGGAAAGCACAGCCAAAGAUAACAUUCCCUGUGUUCAUGCAAAUUUUCAUUCUCGGCCUUCUCGGGCCUGUGAUUGACCAGAACUUUUACUACGCUGGUCUUAAGCUGACUUCGCCAACAUUUUCAUGUGCGAUGAGCAACAUGUUACCUGCCAUGACAUUUGUCAUGGCCAUAAUAUUCAGGAUGGAGAAAGUGAACAUAAAGAAGGUGAUAUACCAAGCGAAGGUGGUGGGAACGGUGAUAACGGUGGCGGGGGCGAUGCUGAUGACCUUGUACAAAGGCCCGCUCGUGGAAAUGGUGUGGACGGCACACCGGCACUCCGGCGUGAGCGGCGGCGGCAGUGGCGGCGGCAAGGACAGCAGCGACCGCGACUGGUUCAUCGGUUGCAUCCUCCUGAUCAUCGCGACCCUAGCGUGGGCGUCGCUCUUCAUCCUGCAGAAAGCCGCCCUGAAAACCUACUCCAACCACCAGCUUUCUCUGACAUCGCUCGUCUGCUUCAUGGGCACGCUUCAAGCCAUCGCCGUCACCUUCGUCAUGGAGCACAACCCUUCGGUGUGGAGGAUCGGCUGGGACAUGAACCUCCUCGCCGCUGCAUACGCGGGAAUUGUGACGUCUAGCAUAUCAUACUACGUGCAAGGACUGGUGAUGAAGACGAAAGGGCCGGUUUUCGCCACGGCGUUUAGCCCUCUCAUGAUGAUCAUAGUUGCCAUUAUGGGAUCCUUUAUUCUAGCAGAGAAGAUCUAUCUUGGAGGGGUGAUUGGAUCGGCUAUAAUCGUGGUGGGGCUAUACUCGGUGUUGUGGGGGAAGUACAAGGAAGAUCAAGAACAGAAACAGAAGAUGAUGAUUCAAGAUAUUCCAGAAGUCGUCAAAGAUAAUAAUAAUAAUAAUAAUAAUAAUCAAUUAAAUGGGAUUAAUGUGGCAGCAGGAAAUGUUGAUCAGGAGAAGGCAGCAGCAGUUGCCAUUGAUUUGCCCAUUUUCACUCCACCAAUCAAACCAACUCAACAAGUUUGACGAGAGCCACCAAAUUAAUUAUAACUCCUCAUUUAUAUAACUUUUUUCAUUGUUCUACUUUGAGGAGUUUUAAUUUUCUACUUUUUGGUUUCUUGUUGAUUUCGAGAAUCGAUUUUGGUUGGAUAUAUUAUGGAAGCAAAUAUCUAUGUAAUUAAGUACUAGUACUACUUUUGAGUAUGCAAGAGUUUGCUCAUCUCUUUUUGCUAUUUGAAA